AUGCCAACAAGUGGCACCAGUGGCGGCAGCACCACAAAGGAGGCCGAGAUCUGCCAGUUGAUAGAUGAAUGCACAUGCUUGUUGCAAAAAGACCCGUCCUGCCUUCGCACACGAGCUAUACGUGGCCACGCGUGCAUGAAAGCCAAGAAAUGGGACCUAGCCGCAGAAGACUUUACAGCAAUCUUGGAGGUCCGACCCGACGAUAUUUACGGUCGAUUCAGUCGAGGGAUGGCGCUGUUCAAAGGGGGCAAGAUCGAACGAGCCCACGAAGACUUUUCGUGCGUUUUGACCAUGAAUCCAAACCACGUCAUGGCAAGAUACGCUCGGGCUGGAUGCUACAACACCGAGGGAGAGUUUGGUCGGGCAAUUCAAGAUUACACAAUCGCCCUCCAGUUCGACGAACACGGCCACGACAAAGGGUUCCUCCGAGGCGAAUCACGACUGUACUUGCACGAAACGGCCGAAAAGGCCAUCAACGACAAGCUGAGUUUGAGCUAUCGCACGCGCGAUGGCGUCAAGGGAAAAGCCGACGCCAUGGGCAUCACGUCGCCGCCGAAGCGCCCGUCCAAUAAUGACAUUGCGUUCAAGACGAGAUCUCAUCCCACCGACCUACGGAAACUUUCACCCUCGACGACGAAGGACGUGGGACGAGCCCAAGUCGCUCGGGUCACGAUCGAUUUGACCAAGCCAGCACAGCCCGUGGCAGCCAUAGAACGGCACGCCAACCAGCACGACCACCCACGUUCCAUUUCCAUGAAGACGAUUCGAACCGUCAAGCGAGUGACUGUCGCCCUCUGA